AUGCAAACAUUAUAGCUGAGUAAGCUUACUCAUUUGCUUUUUUUGCAGUUGUGGCUUCAACCGUGUCCUGUAUUCUUUUCAGAUGAAAUUAUUUGUACAGCAACUCAGCAACAGGCAAAGGAUGAAGUGGUGGAUCUUAUUUUGUCUGGUGUCUUUUGUGUAUCAUGACAUGUUCUCUCACAACUUUGUGUCAGCGAGCCCUGAUGCUGAGAAAUGUAUGAAUUAUACAUUCAACCUCUCAGGAACUGGAGGCUAUGAACAGACUAUCAAAGCCUUGGAGAACAUAGAAAAGACUCUUGAGAACAUAGACGUAAAUUCGACUAUAUCAAUAUCAUUUGGAAAUAUUGUGGCUCUCCUGUUUAUACCGACUGCUCCCUUCAAAAGCCUUACACUUUAUGCCAGUGACAGACAGGCAGGCUUGAAGGAUGUCCCCAAUACGACAGUCAGUGUUGAACUCCCGGAAAAACUGAAUAUUGGACCAACGAACAAGAUUGUGUUCGCCAACGUUAAGCUCCCUGAAACAAACAAGAGUGAUGCCGGAGCCUUAUUUGAAGUUUAUGAUAGAAGAAUGGUAAUCCUGAGUGUGAAGGGCCAGGAAAUAUCGGGACUUCAGCAACCUGUCAACAUCACCAUGAAAUUUAACAAGGACAUAAAUCAAACCCAGAGACCCUCCUGUCAUUUCUUAAAUUUUUCAACAAACAAUUUUAGUACAGAUGGCUGCUACACCAUUUGGACACAUGAUCAGGAUAAUAUCACAUGUUCUUGUAACCAUUUCACAUACUUCGGUGUGCUCAUGGCUUCUACUUCUGGGGGCGGUGCUGUUCUUUCAAAAAAAGACAUGGAAAUACUAUCAUACAUUACAAUGAUUGGCUGUAGCUUUUCUCUUGUUGCCCUGGUCAUCACCGUUUUACUUUUCAUCACAAACAGGACACUCAGAGAAGAUCUUUCUAUGAACAUCCACAUCAGUCUCGUCAUUGCCCUGAUACUCCUCAACCUGCACUUCCUGCCCAGUCAGGCAGUGGCAGAACACCCCUCCACAUGGCUCUGUUUCUACAUGGCUCUUGCCCUUCACUACUCCCUGUUGGCCACUUUCACCUGGAUGGCCUUGGAGGGGUUCCACCUCUACCUUCUCUUAGUCAAAAUCUUCAACAUUUCUGUCAGCAGAUACAUUCUCAAACUCAGUCUGGUGGGAUGGGGUGUUCCUGCAGUCAUUGUGUCAGUGGUGAUGAUCAUAGACAGACGCUUUUAUGGCCAUGUCCCUCUAGACAGGUCAAACCGUGAUGACACUAAAAUAUGCUAUAUAUCUAAUGAAAUAGUGAAGGCGGUCACUACUACUGGACUGUUCACCAUGGUGUUCCUCUUUAACAUGACCAUGUUUAUGGUGACAGUCAAGCGUGUUUUGAAUGUUGGGUAUAACAAAGAGUUUGGGCAGCUUCACCAAAAACAAGUCAGGAAAGCAAUUUGCGCCCUGCUGGGUGUCAGCACUCUGCUUGGGAUUACCUGGGGCCUGGUUUUCUUCUCGUUUGGUUACCUGACCACUGUUGCCCUCUACCUCUUCUGUGUUCUGAACUCACUGCAAGGGUUCUUCAUCUUCCUGUGGUUUGUGAAGUCACUGAGAAAGGGUAAAAGCUCAGCCUCUAAGAUAAGCAGUGAAGUAACUUCCCCCAACAGCAAGCUUAACAAAAACUAACAGCUUAAGAACUGUGUUAGUGGAAUUUUUGUCUGAUAUUAUCAUUUCUGCUUUAGGUUGUUCACAGCGACUGAUUUUAAAUAUUUAAAUGAAUGUAAUAUUUGUGAAAUUUUUAAAGGGACUGUUUAAAUGUUAUGUUUGAUGCUUUGUUAUUAUAACAGACUAUACAUGCAGUGUAAAAUAGGGCACUUCUGGGAGUGAAAGUUGGGAGAAUAAUUCCUGUAGAAAAUGCUGAUGCAUCCUCAUUCAUUUUCUGCUUGAACCAACUGCCACUGGUUUCAGUAACCUGAGUAAUUUUGAUAUUGUCAUGCAGAUUACACCACCACUGUUGUGUUUUGCUGUAUACUUAUAUCUUAUUUCAUAUGAUAUUUGAAAUAUCUUCUUAUCUUCUUACCUAUAUCUUCUUGUCACAUGUAUAAGAUAAAAUAUAUGAAUCCUUUCAAUAAAAUCUUGUAUAUUUGAACAUGUAUUUGCAUACAUUGUGAGUUUAGCAGAGUGUGAAUGUCAACAUAAACAAUAAA